UGCAACUUCGUGGACCACUUUGCUUCAUAAUAAUCGAGAGAUGGCGUCCGGCACUCCGUGAAUAAGCAAAAAUUAUCAUAAAGAAUUGAUGAAGAGGUCACUCUACUGGAAUGUAUCAUUAUGCUACGACCCCUCAAUUGAACAUCCUCCAGCUUCAGCCUCUGUGUAUCCAACGCAAGGAGACUGGGAGAGAAGGGCGAUGGCUGCCGGUAGAGGAUACGGGGAGACUGUGGAUCAGUACCGUGCGGAGGUGGAGCGGCUCACCCAGGAACUUGCGGAAGCGAACAGAGAGAAGAUUAGGGCGGCAGAAUGCGGUCUUGUUGUGUUGGAAGAGAACCAGACUCUGAAGCACCAGUAUGCCGAUCUGGAAUCGGAACAGGAGACGCUGAAGCAAGAGUUGGAACAAUUACAAGAGGCGUUUGGCCAGGCCUACUCCAAUCAGCGUAAGGUGGCGGAGGAUGGCGAGAGCAAUGAGGAGUCGCUGCUGCAGGAGUCGGCGUCUAAGGAAGCCUUCUACAUGGGCCGGCUGUUGGAGCUGCAGACGGAUCUGAAGCUGAGCCGCUCGGUGGCGUCCAACGCAUCCAACGAGAGCGAAAGGCUCAACGCCGUGCUUCAGGAGCACAAAGAGAGUAAUGAGAUGCUGGAGCUGCAGCGGAGCAGGAUGAGAGAGGAGAUCAGGGAGUAUAAGUUCAGAGAGGCACGACUCCUACAGGACUACACUGAGCUGGAGGAGGAGAACAUCACCCUGCAGAAACUAGUGUCCACCCUCAAACAGAACCAGGUGGAGUACGAGGGUCUGAAGCAUGAGAUCAAGGUUCUGGAGGAGGAGACGGUGCUGCUGAACAGCCAGCUGGAGGACGCUCUGCGUCUGAAGGACAUCUCUCAGUCCCAGCUGGAGGAGGCCCUGGACGCCCUGAAGAUUGAGAGGGAACAGAAGAACAGCCUGAGGAAGGAACUGGCCCACCACAUCACCCUCAGUGACAGUGUGUACGGGGCCGGAGCCCACCUGGCUCUCACCGCCACUGUCGACGGGCUCAAAUUUGCCACCGAAGAGGUUGGGAGUAAUGGUACAGCCAUGCCCAAUGGCGCCAACGGGAAUGAGGAUAGCAACGGCCACUGUAAUGGACACCUGGGAUUGGCUAAGAUGAACGCCGACUACCGGCUGCCCAGGAAGGGGGAGGGGCUGCAUGGUCCUGUGUCUGACCUCUUCAGCGAGCUCAACCUGUCUGAGAUGCAGAAAGUCAAAAAGCAGCUGCUUCAGGUGGAGCGUGAGAAAUCAAGCCUCCUGAUGAACCUGCAGGAGUCCCAGACCCAGCUGCAGCACAUGCAGAGCGCCCUGACGGAGCAGCACGAGCACGUCCAGCACCUCACCGAGCGUGUCAACACCAUGAAGCGCCUCCACAGUGACAAGGAGAUGGCUGAUGCCCAGGAGUCUGAGAAGCCUAACGGGUUGCCCUCGCCCGGUCACCGCGACUACGAGGUGGACAUCCACGGUAUGGACAUCCUGGAGUGUAAGUACAAGGUGGCAGUAACCGAGGUGAUCGACCUGAAGGCGGAGCUAAAAGCUCUGAAGGAGAACUAUAACCAGUGUGUGGAGGGCCAGGGGGAGGAGCGGAGCAGCAGCGAUGGGAAGGUCCAGGCUCUGGACGAGCAGGUCAACCGGCUGGAGCAGAGCUGCCGCGAGGCCGACGAUAGGGUGGCGUGUUUGGAGGCAGAACUACAGACGGCGACGGGUGUGGCCAUAGAGAGCCACAGCAUGCUGAACACGGCGCAGGAUGAGCUGGGGACAUUCAGCGAGGAGCUGGCCCAGCUCUACCACCACGUGUGUCUCUGCAACAAUGAGACGCCCAACCGCGUCAUGCUGGACUACUACCGCCAGAGCCGUAACACCCGCAGUGGCAGCCUCAAGGGCUCUGAGGACCCCCGGGCACUCCUCUCCCCUCGCCUGGCUAGACGCCUCGCCGCUGUCAACGCCGGAUUCUCCGAGGCCCCCCAGAGCCCCAUGGACUCGCCCUCCAAAGAACCGCCCAGUGGGGACAAUGGGACAACAGGGAGGGAGUCCCCUGCACCAGGCAGCCAGGGGAGCCCCACCCGCAUCCCCAUGGGCUCCCCGGUCAUCAACGGCACUAAUGGCUCUCCCUCCUCCUCCCCCGUGCCUCCCGAGGCAACUGGAGACCUGCGUAAGGAGCCCAUGAACAUCUACAACCUGAACGCCAUCAUCAGGGACCAGAUCAAACACCUGCAGAGGGCCGUGGACCGCUCCCUCCAGCUGUCUCGACAGAGGGCAGCAGCCCGGGAGCUAGCCCCCUUGUUCGACAAGGACAAGGAGGCCUGCAUGGAGGAGAUCCUCAAGCUCAAGUCCCUCCUCAGCACCAAGAGGGAGCAGAUCGCCACACUCAGACUGGUGCUCAAAGCCAACAAACAGACUGCAGAGGUGGCACUUGCUAAUCUAAAGAGCAAGUAUGAGAAUGAGAAGUGCAUGGUGACAGAGACCAUGAUGAAGCUGAGGAACGAGCUGAAGGCUCUGAAGGAGGACGCCGCCACCUUCUCCUCUCUCAGGGCCAUGUUUGCCACCAGGUGUGAUGAGUACGUGACUCAGCUGGAUGAGAUGCAGAGACAGCUGGCAGCGGCGGAGGAUGAGAAGAAGACUCUGAACUCCCUGCUCCGCAUGGCCAUCCAGCAGAAGCUGGCCUUGACCCAACGCCUGGAGGACCUAGAGUUUGACCACGAGCAGACCAGGGACCGUGGCCGCGGCACCAAGGUGCCCAAGAUCAAGAGCAGCCAGCCCAAAUCCAUGUCCGAGUCUGAACAUUGUGAUAGCCCUCCAGGAGGACCAGACACCACCCCUCUCCAGCAGCAGCAGAGACCCCCUGGACGCCCUCAACAGCCUGGUCCAGCAGCCUCACCCCCCAGGCCCCUAGGCAUCUAGCCAGCCGCGCCCCCACCCAUGGGCCCGGGCCUCCUGGAGACACACAGCACCAGGGACUCCUGUCUCUCGUCUCCCUCAACCUGGCAUCACACCCUGGUGCCUAGGCUCUGUGUCCCCUCAGCAAGCCCCAACUCCACAGGCCACACUUUCUCCUGGUAGGUUGGGUUACAGAGAAGAUGAGGGGUGCGAUGCUCCUCAUUGGUUGGGCUGGAUUAACAUCACAUCCUGUUGAGAAGAGAGAGACUGGAGGAUCAGACAGCAGUGCACACACCAGACUAACACAUAUUAUUGAAUUAAACAAUGUCUUGUAUCUAUAUUAUUAUUUAUUAUCUAUUUAACUGACAUGGUUAUUUAUUGAUUUGUGUUUUGUUCAUUUAUUUAUUACUUCUAAUUUGUGUGUGAUAUCAUUUGAUUGUUGGUCAUUCUUUAAACUGGAAUUCAAAAUGAGUAUUAUUGCUGUGGCGUUGAGACUUAAGUCAUGAGGAUUGAUUCACUAAACCAUGGCUGUUAUGUUCUGAUUGAUAUUGUCAAAAAAGAAAAAGAUUUUAACAGAGAACACUUUUCCAAUUAAAUAUAACAAGGUUUUGGAUGGUCUAUAUCCUACAAGUUUAGCAUUCAAUUUUCUGUCAAUAAGAAGGUUUCCUUUCGGUGAUGUGAGAGGCUUACAAACUUGCCUAACAGGCUAGACAGAAUAUUAGCCAUGUAAAAGCAUCUGUUAAUAAGGAUCAUCUCUACAUGUGUAAUAGCAUCUGUCUUUUCUACAUGGUAGUGUUGAAGUACACAUUGAAUUUGACAUCAUUGUGGAGAGACUAAUGGAAUGGAAGUGAUAUUGCAUUACAAUGGUAAUGUUUGAUGAGGUGGGUUGUCUUGAUUUCAACUACCAAUCUAACAUCUAACUUGAGAUGCUUGUUUUUAUACAACUUUUUUGCAAGACAAAGAUGAUAUUUUUUACGUCAGUUUUUCUUUUCUUUUUUACCGCAGUUACUGCUGAGGUGAUUGAUUAUGUUUGUCAUGUAGUUGAAAUCUUAUUUGACAUAGAGACUUUGAUACUAAAGGUAGGAGAUGAGGAGGUGUCGUCUAGGUUAGUAAGCCUGGAUGUGGCCUUUUGAAUUGCACAGGUUGACUUGACAAUGAUGUGUAUGACAUGACUCCCCUCCUCAGUUUAGCUUUGAUGAUCUGGCUAACCUAGUUGAAACAUUAAUGCAAGAUGAGCCAAGAAAAACCAUCUGUGUUGAUGGUGUAGCUAAUGUUUGAGUUGCAUGAUUAAUUUGCCUGAUUCACAUCCCCUGUAACUCUUUCUCUCUCUCUUUAUAUCUUUCUCUCUUUCCUUUGAGUCGAUAAGUAAUGAUUAUGUCUAAUGUUUGACUAGUCAGGUUUAUUGAAGGGGAAUCUGAACACCUAGUUCCUUAUGGAUUGGCGCCAGAUGCAUUGAGAUAGAUUUUUCUUACAGUUCUGUAUUCAUUUAUUCACAAAUGUGGGUGGAUUUAUUGAACUUACUUGGGUUUAUUCUGGUGGGACGUGUAUACUGUAACCACAAAGGACAAUCUCCCUUAAAAUCCACACAGUUAAUGCUUUGGAAAGCAUGCUUGCAACCGCAGUGGAGAAAUGGUGUGUUUAAUAUCUGUAUGUGUACAUUGAUUUGAUUUGUGUCUUCUGUCUAUUAUAAAACCUUGGGUGGAACAACAGCAGCAGAAGAAGAAGAAGAAAGAAGAAAGAAGAAAGAAGAAAGAAGAAGAGUGAUGUCCAAAUCUAGUCGAGUGUCUGGAGAACAUUUUGUCUACUCCCUUGGUUGUUGCACAAGUUACCUAUAUCAUUGGAAGAUGGCGAUACAGUACAGUGCCAUGACAUCUUAACUGACAUUAGAGACACUAAUCAAUAAAGGAA